AUGUUGCCUUUCCUCGCUCCCUACCUCGCCAACCCGCGGCAAUCGCUCUCACAGGUGCUCAAUUUCGCUCUCGUCUUAUCGACAGCGUUUAUGCUGUGGAAGUCACUGUCAGUGAUUGCAGACUCGCCAUCGCCGAUUGUCGUGGUGCUCAGUGGAUCUAUGGAGCCUGCGUUUCAGCGAGGGGAUCUACUAUUUCUCUGGAACCGGGAUCAGGCCGCGGAAGUGGGUGAAAUCGUGGUCUACAAUGUCAAAGGGAAGAACAUACCAAUCGUGCAUCGAGUGGUGAGGAGCUACGCUCCCGCUGUCGCAGUGGAAGCGAACAAGAGCGGCAAUCUUUCCACAUCCUCCCCGAAACUUCUGACCAAGGGCGAUAACAACAUAGCGGAUGACACAGAGCUCUACGCGCGAGGACAGAGCUACUUGAACCGCAAAGAGGACAUCAUCGGGAGCGUGAGGGGCUACAUACCGGCCGUAGGAUACGUGACUAUCAUGCUCAGCGAACACCCUUGGUUGAAGACAGUCAUGUUGGGAAUGAUGGGGCUGAUGGUCAUCUUGCAGCGGGAAUGA